AUGCAAGUCCAGCAAAAGACGUCGAAACUCAACCCUACUCACCGGCUCGUGGAGGAGGUGAAAAGGUCGACUGGCUAUAGGGAGCUCACCGAGGCCGUGAAUUUUGCCUCGAGCGAGUUCGCCGAUAUUGGGAAGGUGAUGAAAGAUAAGGAUCUUGCAGACAAACUCUACCAUUUCAUAGCGUACCAUGUUGCUCCCACCGCCCACUCUAAUUUCCAAAUUUUCAACAAUGCCAAGCUGAAUUCGUGGAAAGACGCCGAUAUCCCAGAAGCACAGAAGUGGCUGGCAAUUCCAGAAGAGGAUCGAAGUGUUCCUAUCCGGAUGAUCGAUCUGUCCACGGGCAACUUAGUCGAUACCAAGAUCUAUGGGCCCAUGGACCAGUACUGCAUUCUCUCUCACAGUUGGAAGGGACAAGAGAUUGACUAUGACUUCUUCGCCCGGGCAAAGAGGUCAAACGAACGGCUCGAAUCGACAUUCGGUGACGUUGGAGCUGUUGAAAGUAUAGCAGAGAACGGGGCUUCCAAGCCCAAAACGACGCUGCAUGAAUUGAUCGAAAAUUCGAGCGAGUGCAAGAACCUCAACAUCUACACCGUGGAGGACAUGCUGAAGAUCCACUUUGAAUCGCAGAAGAUGGAGAAAGACUGUAUAUCCGCAGACAAGAAGGUCCGACAAGCCAUCGAUCUCUGUACCAGUGCCACAUGGGAGACAGAGCAUUACCGGACUUACGUGGCGGAGUUGCACGUGGGGCAGUCCAACAGCAGUGAAAUCGAAGGAGCUCAGAUUUCCCUAGCGGUAAAAAAGAAGCUUGAUGGCGAAAUCACCCGACUGUAUGAGGACGCCAAAACAAACGCAAGAAACUGUGAAAAUGAAAGAAAGAUGGCUCACAGUACCCUCGAAGAGCACCAAGCGCGAACCAGUCUGCUUAUGAGUGACACCAAAAUCAUGUACGCCAUCGAUGAUUUAUUAGAAGCCUUAUAUUAUCGCAAAUCUGCCAAGAAGUUGUCGGGCGCCGUGGACCAGGCAAAGGAUAUCUUCAGAAAGAAACCAUUCGCUCAAACCAGAAAGCGCUACCUGUGGCUGGAUAACUGCUGCAUCAAUAAGCCCAACGGGGCUGAACUCACCGAGUCGCUGGCGCGGAUGGGAGAGUGGUAUGCCAACGCGGACUUUUGUCUGGUUCAUGUGGACACAUCACCCAAUGACGACGAAUGGGUCCAGGAGAGCAAAAGUGUACCUCUGCUAGACCCGGAUCAGGGGAACCAAACACAGAGCAAGAACAUGGAUGAAAACCUCGAUGAGAAACCAAAACCCACGGAUGAAAACCUGGAUGAGAAACCAAAACCCAACUUCGACGAUCUUAUCACGAUUGUUCGAGAGAAUAAGAAAAUCCAUUGGGCAACACGUGGCUGGACCCUACAGGAGCUUGUCUUGAGCCGAGUGACGUACUACUUCAACUCCAAUUACAAGUCACUGGAAAGAGAUGUUGAUUCUCUGGGGCCCUAUUAUUACCUUGCUCCGUUUAUCAAGCAAUACCUCAGCCUCUCCUGGGUGAAACACGACAGCUCUGACCAGAGCGUGAAGGCAGAGCAAUUUAAUAAAGAUACGGCCAACGACUUCAUAAAGGAAUUCCAGAGGCUGAGGCUGGAUCUCCCCCGAGAGAUUGACAAGAGAACGGCUGCAGCCCAGAUUGGAAGGAUGGUAUAUGUAGCCGCGACAACCAACGAUUCAACAUCCAAGACACUCGACGAGAAUGGCCAGAAAUCGGACGAUCGGGAUAAAAAAAUCAACUGGAUCAAUAACCUGUUGUCCAAAUUCGUGGGUAAGGUGGACGCCGCAAUUACGAAGGAUCGGGAGUAUGUCCAGCAAAUUGGUCGGAUCAGUCGACUCGCAAACUGGACUGAUGGGUCCGAGCCUCUGAAUGCAUCAGCACGAAGCAUCCUGAACAUGGCAUCCGAACGGGAUGUGGCCGUCCCAAUUGACCAGGUCUAUUCACUCAUGGGUAUUCUUGGGGUCCGGUUCCCCGUGUUCCCCGCGGAGGGGCCCCAAAGAGCCCUAUGCCGGUUGCUUGAUGAGGUAGUCAUUACAUCAAGUGAUGUGUCAGUGUUCAACUGGAGUGGCAGGAAAUCCGGUAGCUCCAUUCGAGGGCGUUCACUGUACCCCCGGAACAUUGAGGCUUUUCAGAGUCUCAUGGAUAACCCCAGCCUCCAGGCCCAAGCGACGAUCAGUCAAGGAAUCAUCAGACUGUUCCAGAAUGAACGCUACCACAAAGCAAAACGUGCGGAUGCGAUAAACAGGUGUCUCGACAGUAUAGUUCAGCGGACAAAUGCGGUGAAGAAGAAGGAUGAAAUGCUUGCCCCCUUGAAAGAACUUGUCGAGGCCAUCUCGGAGAAAGGUUUUGAUUGCGUCGCAAAACACUUGAUCGAGCUAAAUAAGGCGGUGAAAGAUCUAGAAGGGGUUGUAGAAAGGGAGAGGAAUGACAAGGAGUUACGAAAGCAGGCUCGGCGAGCGAAAAACAACCCCCCAAGCCAGACAGGCUUUGCCUAUGAGACUGCUGAUGCCAUCAUGAAUUACAAGGUGUCAGAUGCGCUUCACGUGCCUACUUUACCCUCGUUGGGGCUAGGGUGGAAGAAGGAAAAGCCCAGCCAGGAUAAGAUGAAGCCGGAAACCACUGAACAAGCUGCUGGCAGGGUACCUACAGAGGACCCUGAGCCCACUACGCCGCUUCUGGCCCAGUCUCAGGUCAACAAGAUGAAUAUCACAGAGACAGAUACCACAGAAAAGCAGAAAAAAGAUCAGACAACAGACAUACUAGCCUCUCAGCCAGACCCCAAGGCCAGGGAGCAAAAGCAGGAAGCAUUCUAUGUACCUAAUUUCUCCUCAUUUGGGCUAGGAUGGAAGAAGGGAAAGCCCAGCAAGGAUAAGAUGAAGCCAGAAACUACUGAACAAGCUGCUGGCAGGGUAUCUACAGAGGACUCUGAACCCACCACGCCGCCUCUGGCCCAAUCUCAGGUCAAAGAUCCAAAAAACAAGGACAACAAGGUGGAUAUUACAGAGACAGAUAUCACAGAAAAGCAGAAACAAGAUCAGACAACAGACACACCAACCCCUCAGCCAGACCCCGAGGCCAGGGAGCGAGAGUGGGAGAAGCUCAAGGAAGCAGUUGAGGAGCUGACCACUAAAAUCAGGUCCGACUACCGGGGUGAUAAGGCUGAUUCUGCCCUUGAUCAUGGCACUGAGGAUCAGACACUGGCAGAAAAGGAUGCACAAGAACACGCCUCAGGAAGCAACAGUUCAGAUACCAAGAUGGUGUGCCCAAACCCCAUUAUUGUUACCUCUGCGGGUAUCCGGGGCGUCUUUGAUAUACAGCGGGUGGUGAUUGGUAUGCAGCAGCGGAACAUUCUCCGGACCAAACUUCACAAUGCUGUCCCUGGGCAACGGAUUGAGGGCUCCUGCACCAUCAGUACCGGGUUCAGCCUUAUGCUCGUCAAGUUCACGUGUGAGAGGGAAAUCUUGGAACAGCAACUAGAUGUUACCGAUGUGAUCGACAGGCAGCUUUCUCAGAAGCUCAACAGCAAAGAUGACAUCUCGUAUCCGAGUGAACCCAAGAACGAUGCAUCUCAAAAUCCAGAGAACAUAUCCCAUGGCGAGAACCCGAAGGCUACCGGGGAAGCGGCCACGGAUGAGAAACACACAAUGGAGAAAGCACCAGAGGCUAAGAAAGACAACGACCCGAAGGACCGGGGCCGAGAAGGAGAAGACACCAGCGAGAAUGAAGAACAGGCAUACGGAGACAAAUGGAACCAGGGGCAACAACGCGUCCACCGGAUCAUCAAACUCGUCCAGGAAGACGAUCUGCAUGCAGUCGCGGGUGAAUGGGUCCUGGCUCGUUUUUCAGAUGUCGUGGGCGCGGACUGGUUCCUCUGCCGUCUUGAACUUGGCUCCGCCAAUGACUUCUAUGCUCGCCGAAUCCCCACAGAUGCUAUCAAUUUCCGCGACGCAGUACCCGAGUCAGGGCUUGUUGACCACUGGCAAGCAUACAUGACGGAACAUAAGAACCUCAUGUGUGAAUAUCUUAGCAUGUUCCUCCAGAGCCAGAUGAAAUUCCAGUCGAUGAAUGAGCGGUUAGAAUCCUGGUUGCCAUUUGAUGGGCAAGGUGAUGAGACCAGUCCAUCCAAGAUGGCGCUGUUUCAAGCAAUACGCCAAGGGGUUUCUGGGGUUAAAUACGAGGCCAUGGCCAGAUAUCUCAAGGGGAUCAUGGAAGAUGAGGCCAUCCGAUCUGUGCCUACCAAGUUGCGUCCAGCGGUCCGGAAGAUGAAGAAAGGUGAAUUUCUCUACCUCUAG